UACAAGUAAGCGUAUGUUUGUGUUUUGGUUCCCCACACACGAUCGAAAAGUGCAGUAGUGAAACUAAAGCGACGCAUUGGGAGUCGUGCACAAACCAGACACAGCCCUUUAAUUCACUAAACCCUAGCUAGGUUAAACCUCCAUUUCCCGAAAAUGUCGCUUCCCCAGGAUUUAAUUGAUCUAGUACUAUUUCGCCUCCCCGUGAAGCCUCUCCUUCGUUGUCGAUGUGUGUGUAAAGGAUGGUGCUCUCUUAUCGAUAGCAAUGCUUUCGUUAAGAAGCAUCAUAAAAGAAUGAUUGAGUGCAGUACUCGUGGUGUCAUUAUCAGUGGUUUUGAUGGCAAGUUUUACUUGACGGAUUUCGAGUCGUUGGACGGAGGUGGUGAUGAGGCUGUUGCUGUACCGAUGAAUGGUCCGGUCAAGAGUAUUGUUUCGGGUGCUGAGUUUUUUGGUGCUGCAAAUGGAUUAGUGUGUUUGUCGAAGAAUCAGAUGAAUGAGCUUUUUAUAUUGAAUCCGUCGACGAGGAAGGCUAGGAAGAUACCUAGUGCACCAGCUUAUUUUCCGCGUUCUUUUGAUAGCUCCGAGAUUGGGCUCUGUGGUUUUGGGUAUGAUCAUGUUAAUGAUGAUUACAAGAUUGUCAAGAUCGGGGAGUGUCAUGUUAAGUUUCGUGGCAUAUUGGUCAUAGUUUACAGCCUCAAAACAAAUUCGUGGAAACGGAUUCAGAAUGUUCCUAGUAAAAACACUCAGUUUUUAGGAGAUCGGGGCUUAUUUGCAAAUGGAGCUCUGCAUUGGUUUACGAUCAGUGGUAUAAUGGAUUUUGCAAACAUUGUUAGUUAUGAUCUUGGGCUUGAAAUGUUUAAAGAGAUCCCUUUUCCUCCUCACGGGACAUUUGGCAGGAGUUUGGUUCCUGUUGAAGAAUCCUUUGGGAUACUAUAUAACUACCCCAGUCGUGUGGAUGUGUGGCUGAUGAAUAACUCCGGUGAAGGAAAUCUUUGGUCUAAAGUGCUUUCGCUGAAGCAGGCUGGUCCCCUCGGGCCCUUUAGCUUUGUUAGACCUGUUGCUUUUUCCAAGUGUCACAAAAAUGUACUUCUGGAGGUGGACAGAGCAAAACUUGUGUGGUACGACAUUAAAAGGAAGAGAGUCAAGAAUGUUAGGAUUCAUGGAAUUCCAAACAGUUUUGAGUCUUAUCUAUUCAUUGAGAGUCUCUUACAGAUCACCAAUGAUAAGGAGGAUAAGCUGCUGCAGAAGCCAUCUCAAGACAAUCAGGGAAAGAAAGAGCAAAAGAAAAGGGAUGGUUUCCUUUCCAAGGGAUUUAAACUGAGGCUGUAAUAUGUGGACAAUUAACAUCUGAAUGAGUAAGCUAACAAGGAAUGCAUUUGCGAUGGUAGAGGAGUUGAGCUGUUUCUAUAUUUUGGAACAGAAGGGAGCUGACCUGAGCGAUGGAUAUAUUUGAUGUUUGUCAUUGCUUAUUGCUCCAUCCCCUUUUGUUUGUUAACUUUGUUGUUGGUAAGUGUUUUAGUGAAACAAGUACACUUUUAGUUUAAGAAUUUGGAUCUGAAUGCUUUGUUUAAGAUGUUGUCUAUUAUUUCCAGUAUUGGAUUGUUUAAUUAAAAGGAUUAUCGUCUUUAUUAUAUAUAUAAUAUAUGUUGAAUUUGGAUA